CCCUUCUUAUAUGUACACCGUCAAAACCAAGCCACACAUUCAUCACUCUCUUACCUUCAUCGCUCUUUCUGCAGAGGAAGAGACUGGAGCUGGAUUAGUUACCAGCUACUAUACUUUCAUUUUUUUGUUGUUGUUGUGGUUGUGGUUGUUGGAGUAAAAAAUAAUGGCCGGGACUGGAAUGUUUUCUGAAAUAUUGGAUGGUGAUGUGUACAAGUACUACUCUGAUGGAGAAUGGAAGAAGUCUUCUUCUGGCAAAACUGUAGCUAUUGUCAACCCAACUACAAGAAAGACUCAGUACAAGGUUCAAGCUUGUACACAGGAAGAGGUUAACAAAGUGAUGGAAUCAGCCAAAAGCGCACAAAAAGCAUGGGCUAAAACUCCACUAUGGAAGAGAGCAGAGCUUCUUCACAAGGCAGCUGCUAUCCUGAAAGAGCACAAAGCCCCAAUUGCUGAGUGCUUGAUAAAAGAAAUUGCAAAACCAGCUAAAGAUUCAGUAACUGAGGUUGUGAGGUCAGGAGAUCUUAUUUCCUACACUGCUGAAGAAGGGGUUAGAAUUCUAGGAGAGGGAAAAUUCUUGGUCUCUGACAGUUUUCCUGGGAAUGACAGAACCAAGUACUGCCUGACUUCUAAGAUUCCCCUCGGAGUGGUUCUAGCCAUUCCACCCUUUAACUAUCCUGUCAACUUAGCUGUCUCAAAGAUUGGUCCUGCAUUGAUUGCUGGAAACUCCCUCGUGCUCAAGCCUCCAACUCAGGGUGCUGUCUCUUGCCUGCAUAUGGUACACUGUUUUCACUUGGCUGGUUUUCCCAAAGGCCUAAUCAGCUGUGUCACCGGGAAAGGGUCUGAGAUUGGUGACUUUCUUACUAUGCAUCCUGGUGUGAACUGUAUAAGCUUCACUGGUGGAGACACGGGCAUCGCAAUUUCAAAGAAGGCAGGCAUGAUUCCUCUUCAGAUGGAAUUGGGAGGAAAAGAUGCCUGCAUAGUGCUUGAAGAUGCUGACCUAGAUUUGGUAGCAGCAAACAUAAUAAAAGGAGGCUUUUCUUACAGUGGUCAAAGAUGCACUGCAAUUAAGGUUGUCUUGGUGAUGGAAUCCGUUGCUGAUGCUCUGGUUGAAAAGGUGAAAGCAAGAGUUGCAAAAUUAAGAGUUGGGCCACCAGAGAAUGACUGUGAUAUCACCCCUGUAGUCACAGAGUCAUCGGCCAAUUUCAUCGAAGGACUGGUAAUGGACGCCAAAGAAAAGGGAGCAACUUUCUGCCAGCAGUACAAGAGAGAGGGUAACCUCAUCUGGCCCUUGUUGUUAGAUAAUGUGAGGCCUGAUAUGAGGAUUGCAUGGGAAGAACCAUUUGGACCAAUUUUGCCAGUAGUAAGGAUCAAUUCUGUGGAAGAAGGAAUUCACCAUUGCAAUGCUAGCAAUUUCGGACUCCAGGGUUGCGUAUUUACAAAGGACAUCAACAGAGCCAUGUUGAUCAGCGAUGCAAUGGAAACUGGGACAGUUCAGAUCAACUCGGCACCAGCUCGUGGACCAGAUCAUUUCCCUUUCCAGGGUUUGAAGGAUAGCGGUAUUGGAUCACAAGGCAUCACCAAUAGCAUUAACAUGAUGACCAAAGUCAAGACCACAGUUAUCAACUUACCAAGCCCUUCUUACACCAUGGGUUAGUGUUAUCUACAAGGGAACCAAUAAUCACUACUACAUCCUUAGCUGAUUAGUAAUAUUCGAGGAAGAGUUAUCUUUUUCUACUACAUCCUUAUUAAUUCACAUCUAAGAGCAUGACGCGGAAUAAAGAUGCAUAAAUCAACUGCACAAUUGUGUGCUGCCAGAUUGCUAGUCGUUGUGCGGCUGUUGUAAAACGUGGGCUCUAUCACUGUGCUCCUACUUUCCGAUUUCGCUGAAAAUGUUUCAACGAGACUUGAUAAAUAGACGAAUGAGAGUUGUAUUUGUUGCUAUCAUAUUUAUUUGAAGCAUGGUAGUGUUUAACAAUUGCA